AUGCUCAGAAAAGUGAAUAGUAAUGCCAUAACAGUACAUCCAUUCGCAAAUUGUAUAUCAGUGACUCCAAACACCAACGAAAGACCCAAGACAGAUAGAAUUAAGCCAAAAUAUCUUAUUUCUGAUAAAACAGCAGAUACAUUAACUUCAUCCAUCACCACAUUGUUUCAUCCCCCAAUGCCUGAAGCAAAGAAUUUUGUUGUCAGUAGAUCAGCUAUCGACAAAUACUUUUACAAAUUUAUCAGUCCACAUAGAAGAUUUUCAGAAAAAAAAAAUGGCAAUAAAAAUACGUCUCCUUAAAAUGAUAAUUGUACUCCAUUUAAGGUCUCUAGCGAUAUAGAAUCGUUUCGAAAUUCAGUCUAAAACAUUGAUAAUGACUAAUUCUCAAUGUCCCAUUCAGGAACCUCAAAUAAAGAUCACUAAAAUUACCUUAAAAAAUUGUUUUGUAACUCUCACUAGAAACCAAAAUCAUUAAAUAUCAGACAAGAAAAGAUUAAAUCCAAUAAGCAUUUUAAUAUUCCAGAUGAGGAUUUGGUUGACCUAAAUUAAGAAUAAGACCAAAUAGAAUCUCUUGAGAAUCAAGGCAAUUUCAUUUAAAAUCAUAUUUAAGAAGAUCCAGAAUAAAUCACUUUUUAAUUUUAUAAUCCAAUCGAAACUCCAAAAAUGUAGGAUCAGCAAGAUCAAGGCAAUUUCGAAAUACAAAAAUUUGAUUCUCUCUAAAUAAUUGAAUGUUCCGUCAAAUAAUUUAGAGUAAAAAUUAAAAAGACUAUAUUAAUAAAUUAAACUUAAAAUUAGAAACCAGAAAUUAAACAAAACUAAAUUUCGGAAAUUUUAUCAGAAAUUCAAACAGAAAUGAUUCAACCAAAUAAUUACUUUUAACAAUAAUAAGAAUUGGAGGACACCAUGUUUAAUUAGGCAAAGAGUGAAAUACUAAACCCAUUGAAAAAGGAACAAAAUGUUUCAACUCUUAAUACCAAAAAGGGGGGAAGUUCCAAAUGUUAUUUGUAUUUCAUUUUCUGA